UGAGUUGCUGUGUCCUGUCGCAUGUCUCAAAGAGUAUGAGAAACGAACAAAAAUGUUUCGUCCGAGUUCCAGCAAAGAACCAAAUAAACUGUUUUUAUCACUAAAUAAACCUCACAAACCUAUAACCUCCUCAACGUUGUCCCAUUGGGUAAAGGUUUGCUUACUAGAAGCAGGAAUAGAGAACAAUGUAUUUAAAGCACACUCUGCAAGAGGUGCAUCGACGUCUGCAGCAGCUAGAGCUGGUAUUUCUCUUCCUGAAAUAAUAAAAUUGGGAGAUCGGACAAAGGAUAGUACCUUCAAGCGAUUCUAUUAUCGUCCG